UUGGGGUCUUGACACCACGCAGGCGAAGAAGCCUGUUCCAAUGCCAGCUCCCCCAGGAAACCUACCUGGCCCACCCCUAGAAGUGGUGCCUCGCUCUCCUGAACUCUUGGACUUUGUUCCACGUUCAUAACUUAGUAUUUGACGAACGCCCCGCGAUGUUUGUUCUUUUUUCCCACACAUAAUAGACCAUAAAGAUUGGCUUCCUUACUUUAUGACUGAACAAGUCCUUUUCCCCGCUGUGUCUCAGCUUCCUCUUAUGUAAAAUGGAAAUAUUAAAUCUAGACGCUGGUCUGAUUAGGUUGCUUUGAAGAUCGAACCGGAUGAGGGAAGCCAAAGACUUCAUAGGCUGUAAAGUGAUGAAACUGAACUGCUACCCAGUUGCUAUUUUUUUCUUCUCCUCUCUCCUCCUCAAGCUAAAUAUUCUUUAGAUCUCUUGUGAUUUCUUCAGGCGGUCUUUGCGACUCCCUAGGCUCCAACCUGGAAGAAAUCUCUUUACACUUCCCUUUCACAGAGCCCUGCAUUUUAACUUCCCUAUCAGAAGCAAGAAAAAUAUUUAUCAUUUUUAGAGGGCUUACUCUAUGCCAAGCCCUGAUAAAACUCUACGUGGGUUAUCUCAUUUAAUUUCACAACAUCCUUGUAAGUUUUCCAUGGACACAGCCUAGCAGAAAGAUGCAGCCUUCAUGCUUCGCUGACUACUGACCUCUGACCGACCGCCUUGAUGACAGCACCCUCGUGUGCCUUCCCAGUUCAGUUCCGGCAGCCCUCAGUCAGUGGCCUCUCGCAGAUAACCAAGAGCCUGUAUAUCAGCAAUGGUGUGGCCGCCAACAACAAGCUCAUGCUGUCUAGCAACCAGAUUACCAUGGUCAUCAAUGUCUCAGUGGAGGUAGUGAACACCUUGUAUGAGGAUAUCCAGUACAUGCAGGUACCUGUAGCUGAUGCCCCUAACUCACGUCUCUGUGACUUCUUUGACCCUAUUGCUGACCAUAUCCACAGCGUGGAGAUGAAGCAGGGCCGUACUCUGCUGCACUGCGCUGCUGGUGUGAGCCGCUCAGCCGCCCUGUGCCUCGCCUACCUCAUGAAGUACCACGCCAUGUCCCUGCUGGACGCCCACACGUGGACCAAGUCGUGCCGGCCCAUCAUCCGACCCAAUAGCGGCUUUUGGGAGCAGCUCAUCCACUAUGAGUUUCAGUUGUUUGGCAAGAACACCGUGCACAUGGUCAGUUCCCCAAUGGGAAUGAUCCCUGACAUCUAUGAGAAGGAAGUCAGUUUGAUGAUUCCACUGUGAGCCAUCCCACCAGCCCCUGCAUUGGAGUCAGGGGUACAGAUCUAUUGUUGAUUCUACACCAAGAUCCAAACUUGAACAUUCUACUUUUGUUUAUACAGAAAAAAACAGAUGUUGCCUUUUAUGAGCACAAGGAAAAAGAGUUGCUGUAGCUUUUAACUUUAUAAUCCAUUUUUUUAAAGAGUCAACUCACUAGUUGUGAAAUGGUGAAA